CAGAUAGUUGUAGCCGGUGGGGACGAGUGCAAGUCUAUCUGGGAAAUAAUCUGCCCGCGCGUUAAGCUGCUUUAUCUCCGCCGAGCCGAGCCUGAACCGGGACAGACAACACGGGUGGAGGAAGAACCAAAACAAAGCGCCAAGUUGGAUAAUUCAUCCGUUUUUGGAGGACAAGAAAAGGAAAAAAAGGAUUUUGGUAAAAGUUUGCUGCUGACUGAAGCAGAACACCAGUGCACACUGAGAAUCGAACAGUGGGAAACUGGCAACGGUUGUUUGGGCAUGGAACAUAUUACACUUUGGAUAUUCUUGAUAACUACUUACGUUUUGUCAGGAGGUAGGGGCCAAACUGUAGAAAUGGAUGAUGGGAAAUCAGGGUACCUGGGCUCCAAGGUGGAUCUCCUCUGUCGGUUCAUCAACAGUUCGCCGCCCGUCAAAAUCUCGCAGGUGACAUGGCAGAAACUGGUGAACGGCACCAAGCAGAACUUGGCCAUUGCCAACCCCUCCCUCGGAGUGUCUGUGGCCCCGCCCUACAAGGACCGCAUUGCCUUCAAGAACGGCGCGGUGAGGCGGCGCACCCCGACUCUUGAAGACACCACCAUCACCUUCUCCCCGCUGCGCCUGUCCGACGAGGCCACCUACAUCUGUGAAUACACCACCUUCCCUGCGGGCAACCGAGAGAACAAGGUCAACCUGACGGUCUAUGUGCGUCCCACCACACAGAUGACUCUGUCCACGCCCACAUUGGUGGCUCGUACGUCCAACCUGAAGACGCCGGUGGCGACCUGCAUCUCCGCCAACGGAAAACCACCUGGCGUCAUCAGGUGGGAGACGAGGGUGCCGGGUGAAGUGAGCACCCGUGAGUACAAAAACUCUGACGGGACGUUUACCAUUCAGAGCGACUACAUUCUUGUGCCCAGCAGAGAAACACACAAGGAGACGCUCACUUGCGUCACCUUGUACAACGAUGAGGUGUACACUGACAGCGUCACCCUGGAUAUUCAGUAUGAGCCAGAUGUUUUAGUGGACGGCUACGACGGAAACUGGUACCUGAACAGAGAGAACGUCCAGCUGACCUGCCAAGCCGACGCCAACCCAGCCGUUUCGCUCUACCAGUGGAGGCUGAUUAACGGCUCCAUACCGAGCAGCGCCGAGAUCCGAGACAACGCCCUCAUCUUCAAAGGACCAGUCACAUAUGACCUGCAGGGGACAUAUGUGUGCGAUGCCACCAACAGCAUCGGGACCAGGUCUGGCUUUGUGGAGGUCAGCGUCAUAGAGAAGCCUCUACCGCAGAUAGCCACGGGUGAUGUCAUCAGCGUGGUGGCCUUGUUGCUGGCGGCAGGAGUGUUGAUGGGAAUAACCAUCACCGUGCUGGUGCUCAAGAUCAGGAGCAGGAAAGAUGACGGCUCAGAUGACUCUCCAUCAACAAAACUGUCUCAGCCAAUAAGGAAAAGAGCUGCAGAAGAUAUUCAGCAUUCCGGUCGUUUCUACGAGGAGCUUCCAAACACGGCGGACUACGUGAGCUACAGACUCGCGUGUAACAAGGAGGACUACCCGGAGCCGUACUCGCCCCCCAUCAAUCCUCCUCUGUCCUUCUUGCCACAGCACCCCUACCACUCCCCACAAGCUACCAUGGGCACAAGCAUCAGCAGCUGCAGCACCAGCACGUCCAAAAACACCUUCUCUCCACCCUCACACACCUCCGCCAUCUUUAAGUACCCCUCAGGCCUGUCUCCCCCUCCACCAGGGGUGGGGCCGUACACUUUCCCCAAAGAGCAGUAUGUCUGAAGCAGCAUGUUUGUUGCACACAACUCUGUUGAAACUUUUCCCAAGAGGAAGAAGGAGUCUCACUCUGAACUAUUUCUUUUUCUGACUGUCUGCACCAAUCUCAUAAGACAAUGCAGCUUUUGGAUUUUUGUCACAUUUAAAGCACAUUUUCUCACUCCUUGUGUCCCAUAUUUUAUUUUAUAUUUUUUCUAAAAAGGGAAUAUUCUAAACCUAAUUUCUUGUAGGUUACCCCUCAAUAAUGGUGAAUUAAUGGGGUUGUUUUGUAAGAAAGAUAAAUGAUUAUAUUUCAUAAAUUAUAUCUCAUAAUCAGUUUGAUCCUGCACUAUGACCCACAAUACUUUACCUUUUUUGUGCUCAUUUAUUGUGUUUGUCUUUUGACAAGAUAUUUUUAUUUACUGGGGAUUUUUGUUGUUGACAUUUAUAUAAAAAAAUGUGUUUAUAUCUGUGGUAUCUGUUCUAGUAUUCAUUGACACUGGAUGUUGAAUGAAAGUUGAAUUU